GACGCCUCCGGCCCGGAGAACAAGCAGAUUUACGACAACGUCUGGGCAUACGGUGCGAUGCGGCAGCGGAAGUGCUACGUCGAGAUGGACCCCGACGGGAGCGAGGACACCGAGUUCGCCCUCGGCCUCGACCGCGACCUCGGCGCCCACGUCCACUCCCAGUGGGCGCCGGACCAGGACUACGGCAACAGGACCAGGACAAGGGAUUACGGCAACAGGGGCCACGGCAACAGGACCA